AUGGUCUUAACAGUUGCCUUCUCUCUCACCAAGCAACAGUUACUGGACCCACACACUCACUUUUACCUUGGAGACGUUGGAGAUGACCCACUUGAGAUCUGUUUUGGUCGCACAUGCAUGAUCGGGGGUCAUAAUUCUGCAUGCUCUUAUGCUCAGGCUAUCAAUCGUCUUGCUGCUGCAAAGGAUAUCGACAGCAUUUUUAAAUGCCAUCCCAAGCUUGAUCCAGGUCAUCGACACCUCAAACUCAUGCACCAUGAGGAAGUCAAUUACAUAAACUGUGAGAUCUGGGAAGGUAAUAUUAUUGCUGGUCAUGAUGAUCUUCCCUUAGCUUGGCGCAAAGGUCGCGAUGCUGCUCUA